CCUUGCAGAGGAAUCGCCCCUCCCUCAAGCUCACAUUUGCUUUCCAAUCGGCAAGCCUUCCCUCCAGCAAGAUCGUGAGUCCACCCUCUGAAUCACAGCAUCUGCCAUUGUGCUCAACGCAUCACCUCCAGCCUUUGCCAAGCAGCCUUCUUUGCCCCCCAUGAGUGACUCCAACGACGCCAGCGAAAUAUCAAACCUCGGAGCCGAUGUCGACAAGGAGGUUCUCGAUGAGGAGCCGCGCUCCAUCCUGCUGGGGCUCAUCUCUCAGCUCCGGAAAGACAUGGAUCUACACCGGGUGACGCUGCCGACCUUUGUCCUGGAGCCCAGAAGCAUGUGCGAACGAAUCACUGAUUUUAUGAGCCAUCCACAGCUGAUCUUGGGAACGUCCAAGAAAGACGAUCCGAUGGAGCGCUUCAUCGAUGUCGUGCGAUACUAUCUCUCCGGCUGGCAUAUCAAGCCCAAGGGAGUCAAGAAACCGUAUAACCCUGUUCUCGGCGAGUUCUUCCGAUGCCGAUACAAGCUCGAGGACCAGACCGAAGCCAUCUACGUCUGCGAACAAGUCUCGCACCACCCGCCCAUCAGUGCAUACUUUUACGCCUCGCCCGACAACAACCUGGUGAUCGAGGGGGAUCUCCGUCCCAAAUCGCGGUUUCUGGGGAACUCGGCUGCCACGAUCAUGGGGGGCGGAAGCCGGAUUCGGUUCCUGAACCGCCCCGGCGAAGAAUACCACAUCUCCCUGCCCAACAUGUAUGUCCGCGGCAUCUUGUUCGGCACGAUGUAUCUUGAACUCGGCGACGAAGUGACCAUCCAGUGUCCGGAGCUUGAUCUGACGUGUGAACUCGAGUUCAAGACAAAGGGAUUCUUCUCGGGAACCUACAAUGGCAUCGCAGGCAAAAUCAAGCGAGAAUCGUCUGGCGACAUACUCUACAAGAUCAGCGGCAAGUGGUCCGAGGUCAUCUUCAUCAGCGCCGUCGGCAAGAAGGGCUGCCAGGCCGAACAGGUCCUCUUUGACGUAUCCAAGGAAAAGUGCUCCGCCAAGAUCGUCCAGCCAGAGUGCGAGCAGGAAGAAUUCGAAAGUCGCCGACUCUGGAGCAGAGUCACCAAGGCCAUCGGCGCUCGGAACAUGGACGAUGCUACCGACGAGAAGACAGCAAUCGAGGACAACCAGCGGCGAGCCGGCAAGGAGAGGACCGUUGAGGAGAUACACUGGCAAACUCGGUUCUUUGAGCCAAGUGGCCCGAACUGGAAGCUGAGACUGGGCGACAGUAUAUACAACGAUCCCGCGGCUGCCAAGAAGGCCCUUGCCGACUUUAUAUACUCGCCCGCACAGCUCCCACAGCACCAAAAGUUCUGGCUGGACGAGUCAGCCGGCAGCCCUACGAAACAACGGGCCGACUAGUGCCCACAAACCGCGCGCCAAAGUGAACACCCAGCCAGCCGGCCAAGGGCGCCGAGUCUCCAACAUAGGCUCUUGGUCUGGUGCAUUACAGCAGCGGAAGGCAUAUGGACAGUACCGC